UCCAAGAUGGCGCCCCCCACAACAGCUUGACUUCUGCGAACGGGACCAAAACGCAGCUAAACUUAAAUACAACCGUGUAACUCGGCUGUAGAACAAGAUUUCUCGAAGGAAGAUGAAACUUUUGGUGACAAUAUUAAAACAAAUCCACAAACCAGCCGUUUAUUCGAGUCACCGGCGUCCCCUGAGCUCCAGCGCCAGCAGCGGCCUGUCGCCGCUCCGGGACGAGCCUCUGGUCGUCGGGUCCAGCCGGGAGCUGGUGCACAGACUCGGCUCUCAGGUGGAGGUGAGGACGGGCUUCAUCACCGAGGAGGAGGAGGCUGCUUUUCUGCGGGAGCUGGAGCCUGGUCUGAAGAGGAAGCGCUACGAGUUUGACCACUGGGACGAUGCCAUUCACGGGUACCGAGAGACGGAGCGCGUGAGCUGGGGGGCGGCGUGCGAGGAGAUCUUGACUCGUGUCCGAUCGGCGGCGUUUCCGGAGGGCAGCUCGCUCCUCGGCCCCGUGCACAUAUUAGACUUGGACAAAGCCGGAUACAUCAAGCCUCACAUCGACAGCGUCAAGUUCUGUGGCAGCACCAUUGCUGGCUUGAGCCUUUUGUCGGACAGCAUCAUGCGUUUAGUGAAGGAGGGCGACCCCAGCGAGUGGUUGGACCUGCUGCUGUCCAGACGCUCCCUCUACAUACUGAGAGACCAGGCCAGAUUCAGCUACACUCACGAGAUCCUGAAGGAUGAGGAGUCUGUAUUUAACGGACAGAAAGUGCCGAGGCAGCGCCGCAUCUCCGUCAUCUGUCGCAACCUCCCGGAAUAACGCCCGCUUUUGUCUCAGCUUGGAUAACAACAGAACAUAAAUGGAGCUUUGGUUAAUAUCUUAAAUGAGGAAUUAAAGCUGACAUUUGUUGCACUUGACACGCUCCACACUGAAAAAGAUUGAGAAGUUAGAUGCGAUCCGUAAGAAGCCUUGUCAGACAGAACCAGCACAGUGUGGAUGUGUUUAAGACUCAUAAUUAACUGAAUCAGCCGGUUAUUGACUGACUACAUUCACCAGAACAUCUUUACAAAGGGCCAUAUUUAGUCAAAUCCAUUUCUUUUAUUGCUGCUGGAGCAAAUAUCAGCGUUAAGUCGAUUUAAAUAGUUGUUUAUACAUACACUGAAACAUCAACAUAAAAGUACAGGGAAGGUCCUUUAACUUUGAACUAUUUAAUUCUAUAAUACCAUCAUCCUGGUGUGUUCCUCCACUUCUGUAUAAUACAGAGACUCUUUGUGAAGAUUUUUCAAUGCACUUUACCAAAUAAAAGGAAAAUGAAUGCAACAAA